AGAGAAGAAAGUUGAGGAGCACCUGAAGUAGGAAUGAAUAAACGCGCGCCUCAGCAGCCGUUUUGUUGUACACGAUAUAAAUAACAAACUUUUCUGAAAAAUCAAUAGAAAUAUGAAGUGACAAAUCGUUUUUUUCUGCUACGAUGGGUCAACGUUUUCUACUUCAGGCCGUUGUUUUUCAUGUAACUGUCUUGUUGGUUGUGCUCUUCUCGAUCCACCAUGGACAUUGCACAGACUGUUCACUUUGCCAAUAUAAGACAAGCACCACAACAUCAGAAAUCAACGUGUUUGUUGGAAAUUCCUCCUUCUGCAUUGCCCAGAACGCCAGUUUUACAAACUCAUCACAGACUAACAUCACAGUGACAGGACUUCUGCCUGGAAACACAUAUUUCCUCAUAAUCAGCUGCACGAGUGUGUGCUGUGAAAACUUCUCCUCCAACUCCACCAGUAAUCUGACUUUCACACAGCUCAACUCCACCUCAGUGUAUGUGAACUGGACGGACCAGUUAAUACCAACCAAUCAGUCUUUUACACUUCGCCCUGAGCCUGUUUUUAACCUGUCUGUGAACUCCAUCACUGUGAGCUCAAUGAUCUUGGCUUGGACGCCUCCGUAUGGCAGUAGCCCAUAUUAUAAAGUAGCUUGGGUUGGAAACCUGGCCUUUACUAACCAAACCUCCAUGCAAAUCUCAUCACUUUCACCUGGCACCAAAUACAACUUCAAUGUUACCUCAGUGGCAACUGAUAACAGCACUGAGGGUCGUCCUACUGCGAUAUCCCAAAAUACAAGUCCAGCACAAGUGCAGAAUAUCACUGUUGUGAAUUACACAAACAGCAGUGUGACAGUAGCCUGGACAGUCCCUGACGGCCAUGUGGACUCCUACACGGUGAAUUGUUCUACACAGAGCAUACCCAACAUCAACGACAACAACACGACCAUCAGUAGCCUCCCGCCGGGAUGUCUCUACAACCUCACUGUCACCUCCAUUAGUGGAGUUCUGACGAAUGUCUCCAACAUAGUGCAGUUCGCCACUAAACCUAACCCUCCUGAAGCAGUCCGAGUGAGCGGUCAGACAUUUUCAUCUAUUUCAUUGCUGUGGUCAACUCCUUUAAGCAUGUCUGGAGUGGCUGUGUCCUAUGGAGUGUCAUAUGUGCCUGUCCAGCCAGGGGUCAACCUACCUCUAACUCAAACCACCUCUUCAAAUAUGACAAAUAUUACAAAUUUAUUAUCAGGCACCCAGUACACCAUAACUGUGGUCACAAAUGGAGUAAACAAUCUCAGCAGCUCCUUUAUAAACCUCAUUGGGUAUACAGUUCCGAAAAUCGUGCAAAAUCUGGCAGUUUCUAAUGUCAGCACUAAUUCUGUCAGUCUGACCUGGCUUCCUCCUAAUGGGACGUCCAGCCUGUUCUCCUACAAUAUCAACAUCUCUUCACUCGGUCAGACUUUUUAUACCACUUCCAACAGUUAUCAGAUCACGCAGCUGCAGCCUGGGACGCAGUAUAAUUGCUAUGUCACAACACUCAUAGUAGCCGGCAACAUAUCUGGACCCUCACAGUUCAUACAGUGUAAUACAAAGCCCCUGCCAGUGUCUAAUUUAAAAGCCAUUCCUGUGGGCACCACUGUGAUACUCCUGUCCUGGACCCCCAGCACAGCUUUAUAUCUGUAUAAUGUGAGUGCAAACGGAACAUGGUCAACAUACAAUAGUAGUGAGGGUGCAAAUGUCACUGGCUUGACCCCUGGGAACAACUACACCUUUACUGUCAUAACUGUGGCGAAUGGAUUGAGCUCUGAACCUGUAACCAUCUCUGCAUUUACGGGGCUUGGUAAAGCAAUCAUUAUUUCUGCGAUUGGCAAUACACAAACUAUGACAGUGCAGUGGACACCGCCUGCCGGUACAGUGAGUUUAUACAGCGCCAGAAUCUUGCUUAUGGAUGGAACGGUUUUAAAUACAAAGAACCAGACGAAAACCACAAGCAUGAUGUUCUCAGACCUGCUGCCUGGUACUCAGUACUCGGUCAUUGUGAGCAGCAUCAGUGGACCCGUAAAGCAGGACAGCGACAGUGUGACAAAUGCCACUCUUCCUACUCCUCCUGGCGAGAUCAGCACAACGCAGAGCACAAACACACUGAACAUCAGCUGGGCUCAACCACUCAACAUGAGCUCAGUAUCUUACUACUUUCUCUUGCAAUACAACAACAGCACUCUCAUAAAUUGCAGCCAAAACUACACCUCUCUGACAGGCCUCAAUGCUGGUUUCCCAUACAACAUCAUCAUGUGGACUGUUGGUGCAAUGAAUUACUCAAGCUCUUCUAAGAGUCUCACUGCAUUUACAAAUCCUUCUGUUGUGACUAAUGUGACAGUGAAUGAAUUCACCGAGACCAGUGUAACUCUAAGCUGGCAGCAGAAUGAUCCUCAGCAGUCUGGUUACUCCUACCUGCUCAACUACAAAACAAUUAAUGGGACGUCUAACCAGACGACCGUGAACAACAACACUGUGAAGCUGGAGCAACUACAGUCGGCCAGUCAAUACAAUAUCAGCAUUAUCGCCCUGACACCAGGCGGCACCAAAUCUGAUCCCCAGUUUAUAACUGCCUGCAGUAGGCCAAAUCGUGUUAACAACGUGAGUUCUGUGGCUUUGAAUGUUUCCACUGUGAGGUUGAGCUGGGCUCGUCCUUUGCAAUACAACCAGUUAGUUUCCUACCAAGUGUUAGUUUCCAACUGCACAAAAAACAGCAUGAACAUGUCUACUUCCACUGAAAUGAUCACUGUGACAAACUUGCAGCCUGGCACACUGUGUCAGAUCAGUAUAUAUAGUGUGGCAUGUGGCCUUCUGGGACAACCAGUGAACACCUCUGUCCUCACAAUGCCAUCUACAGUGCAACCAGUUGUUAAUAGUCAAGGCUCUAAUAACUCUCUUCUGGUGUUGUGGAGUCACCCUGAUGGUGGUCUUGAUAUGUAUAUUUUGAACAUCAGCAGUGAUGGAUGGAGCGACUUUAGUUUCCUCAACAGCACUGAAAACAAUUACACCUUCACUCAAUUAAAAGCAGCAACACUCUACACAGUCACUCUCACGACUGUCAAAGGAUCCUUUCAGGAAACAUCAGGGGCAGUAGUUAGCGCUACCUAUCCAAACAGCCCAGGGAUGAUUACGGUUUUGUUUAAGAACACCCAUUCAGUGCUUUUACAUUGGGAUAUCGCUCAGAACAUGACGCCUGGCAGCUUCAACUACAGCCUGUCCUUCUGGUCAAGCAAAAACAACAGUCUGUAUCUCACUCCCAAUAACACUUUGCUUUUGGAUGGACUACAAUCUGGAACGCCCUAUAACGUUUCUUUGGCUACUGUGGGGCCAUUGAAUUUGCAGAGUGAAUCUAUGAGAUACAAUGUAACUACAAUGCCUGAUCCUGUAAAAAACCUCAAAGUUGUUUCCACAACAACAAAUACUAUCUCUGUAACUUGGAAAAUGGUUGACGUCCCAAAGUAUGUAGUGAGUGUGAAUAAUGCAGUAAAAAUUACCAGUUCAAACAACAUGACCAUACACAAUCUGCAGCCUUCAACACAAUAUAACAUCAGUGUUCAGAGCAGCACUUUUGACAACACAGAAGGAGAAGCUGUGUGCCUCCAAGAUUGCACAGAUGCAGCUCCAGUGGAGAAUGUGACCUGUGUGGGUCCUAAUUUAACCUUGCCAAUGCUCAACCUCUUCUGGAACCAUCCUCUUGGUGGAUACAUGAACUUUGAAGUCAAUCUGUCUUCUAGCAUUUCAGAAAAAACCAAAAAUUUAAACUACAACUUCACUGGACUCAAGUACAACAAGACAUACAGUGUCACCCUCAGGACCCUCGGCUGUGGGAAGAGCAGCACAGUGAAGAAUAUCUCCUGUACAACUGGUUUUACAAACCCUGUUGUGCCCAAAAUAACAGCAGCGAGUGUAUCCGAGCAGCAGUACAACAAGUUUGCAUUGGUUAUUCAGUCAGAUGCCUUUAAUGACUCUAAUGGUACUGUGUGCAGUUAUGGCUUACUUGUCUCCUCUGGCUCGUUCGAUUGCUUGGACAACAAUCAAAAUUAUAAUCAAUGCCUCUUAAAAACCUAUGAUGACUGGAAAGCAAAGCAAAGCGAUACAUUCCUGGCUGUUGUCAAAACAAAUGUGUCUAAAAGUGAGCUGGAAACAAUCAUCAUUGGAGAUGGAAGUAAAUGGAACAAAUACACAAAUGGAGAACUAAAUGCCAAAGGCACUUACAAUUUUGCUAUCGUCGCUUUCACUCUUCUGGAGGUAAAAGAUGGUAAAGUGGAUGUAUCUAAAUCAUACUACUCCGUAUCUGCGUAUCAAAGUGUCACUCUGCCAGAGAACCCAGUGGUAAUAGGAGGAGCAGCUGCAGGAGUUGGUGUUACUGUUAUCAUUGUUGUAAUCAUCAUUGGGAUAGUGGCUUGUACACGGAAGAAAAGAAAAGAAGUUUCUAACAGUGUUCCUAUCCACUCUUUAAGAAACAAAGUGAGUGAUCCGAUAAAGGUGGAAGAUUAUGAGGCUUACUAUAAGAGACAAAGAGCUGAUUCUUUCUGUGGAUUUGCUGAAGAAUUUGAGGAUCUAAGGCCGGUUGGGAUAAAUCAAUCAAAGACUGUUGCUGUGUUUCCUGAAAACAAAGCCAAGAAUCGAUAUAAUAAUGUGCUGCCAUACGAUUCUUCUCGUGUCAAGCUCUCUGUUCUCAGCAGCCCAUUUGAUGACUACAUCAAUGCCAACUACAUGCCGGGUUACAUUACAAAGAAGGAGUUUAUCGCAGCACAAGGUCCAUUGCCCGGCACUGUUAAUGACUUCUGGAGGCUGAUCUGGGAGAAGAAUGUGCACACUAUUGUCAUGCUCACCAAAUGCAAUGAACAAGGCCGGGUAAAAUGUGAGGAAUACUGGCCAGCAGAGAUGAAGACUUUUAGCAAUCUGACAGUGACAACAAUUUCUGAUAUCCCAUUGGAGGAUUGGACUUUACGUGACUUUGAAGUGAAAAAUAUGAAAACAGCAGAAAUUCGAUCGGUUCGUCACUUCCAUUUCACUGCAUGGCCAGACCAUGGAGUUCCUGAGACCACUGAGCUUCUCAUCAACUUCAGACAUCUGGUCCGAGAGCACAUGGAUGAGUACUCAAGACAUUCCCCCACACUUGUGCACUGCAGUGCGGGUGUGGGCCGGACAGGUACCUUCAUUGCCAUUGAUAGGUUAAUCUUCCAGAUCGAGCGGGAUGGUGUAGUGGAUGUAUAUGGGAUCAUCCAUGACUUACGCAUGCACAGACCCCUCAUGGUGCAAACAGAGGAUCAAUAUGUCUUUCUUAACCAGUGUGCCAUGGACAUCAUCAAGUCUCGAACUGGAAACAAUGUAGAUCUGAUCUACCAGAACACAGCUGCACUCACUAUUUAUGAGAACUUUGAGCCCUUGAAAAAAGGCAAAAAUGGCUACCAUAAGGCUUGACCGUCUACGUUAAACGCUUCGCUGAGGCAAUCUUUUUUUUUUCUUUGUUUACUUAAUUUUAAAAUUGGGUUUUAUUUAAUGAGGGAAAAAACAAAGCUUAUUUAUUGAUUAAGACAUUUGUUCAUUAAGGUACAUAAGUAUGUAGAAAUAUUUUUAAAUAAAGUUUUUUUUUAUAAAUACAGAAAUGUAACUGCAGGGAUUUUUUUAAUAAAAUAAAAUGUAUAAUUAUAUGACUAUAUAAAAUUUAAAAUAGAAAUAUAUAAUUUUACAUUCAGUGAUGUAAGAUGACAUGACAAAAAAUAUUCUGUCCCAUAUUCUGUGAUUUAUAACAUGGCAGUUGACUGUGCACAUCCAUCGAGUGAUGCUGUAAGCUGCAUCUGAGCUGUUUUAUCAGGUUUUAAUUUUCAGGUCGAUGACAUUAAUAUAGCAACAAUUUCACGAUGUCACAGGUUGAUCAUAAAUAGACCAUAAGGACAGUAAAUUAACUCUCACUUGUUAGCAGUCUUAUUGUUUCUUCUGGAAUAGAAUAUUCUCAGUGAAUAUCCUGUACAUUUUGACCUGUCUGUUCCUGGAUUGUAAAUGUUGUUGUUUUUUCUUUGUAGAAUCGGGCCAGUGAAUGUUCUGUAUAUGCCUACUGAUAAUUUAUUACAACAAAGUUUUAACAGAGUAUAACUCUGUACCAUGUUUAUGCACUUAAAUUGUUAUAUUUGUAAAUAUUUGCUCAUUCUGAACUUCUGAAGUGUUGUUCCAAGGAUUUUUUGCUUGUUUCAUUUUUAGGUAUUCUGUACUUCACUGCACAUAUAUUUUAAAAAAGUUUAUUGAUACUGCUGGUCACAGUAAGAAAGCAUACAGAAGAACUCUGUAUUAUAUUAUGAUAAUAAAAAUGCUGCACUUUAUUUGACAUAA